AUGGAGUCGAUUCGAAGAGCCCUUACAACCAGUCGUAGAAAGGACCCAAAACAAAAUCAAUUACAGUCCGCAGCUUAUAGAGAACAUCGUUCGUUUAGUCUUCAAGACACCUCUAAACCACUACUUCAUAUCUCAUUACCAAAUAUUGAACAAUUAAAUCACACUACUCCACCUCUUUCUCCACCUACAACUCAACACACUUAUCAUCUACCUAAUGCUUUACCAGAACUUACACAACAACAAGAUCAUCUUAUUCGUCAUAUCGCUAUUAUUUUUAUGGAUUCAUACCCAAUAGAAGAUGAAGACCUAUUAGCCUUGUUAGAUAUUCAUAAAAAAUCAUCUACGACUACGACUACUACGACAGCAGCUUCCCUUUGGGGGAAACUCAAAACACAUAUAUUGACUCCGACAACGGAACCCAUUCAUGCACCAUUGCCGUCACCUACUACAAGUGAAAAGAAAAUUGGUGUUUCAUUAUCUAAUUUGAGUCAUGUACCCGAGAAUGCAUUAUUUGAAAAAUGGAGAUCCCUUUGUCCAUCCAUUGUUACCUGUUUUUCUUCUAAUUCGCUUGUUCCUCAUUUUCUUAGAGACUGUAUUUUAGCUAUGAUUCAACAAGAUCUAAAUACGGAAGGUAUUUUUAGAAAGAACGGCAAUAUCCGAAGAUUGAAAGAGAUGUGUGAAACUCUUGAUUCUCAGCCAAACCGUGAAGACUGGACGGACUUUUUCAAUAAACAGCCAGUUGUGCAGUUAGCAGCCUUCAUCAAACGAUAUUUACGUGAACUACCAGAGCCCUUACUGACAUAUAAACUUUAUAAGCUAUUCUUGAUGUCAAAUAAGGCAGCAAAUCUGACAGAAUCUUUAAGCAUGCUUCAUUACUCAAUUUGCUUAUUGCCAAAGCCCAAUAGGGAUAUCUUGCUGUUGCUUUUAUCUCUUUUGAAUUGGGUAGCAAGACAUGCAGAGACAAAUAAGAUGGAUUUUGGAAAUCUAGCUAGAGUGAUUUCUCCUAAUAUAUUAUAUGAAUCUAAAAAACAAACAGGUUAUGAUAUAAGUGAUGUUCCAAAUGAAUUUAAUCUAUUCUUAGAACAUCCAACUUUAACUGAAUGUCUUUCUACAAAUAAUAUUGAUUUGAUCUCUACAAGACAAUUCACUCGAUCUUUUAAUAAUUUAUUAAAAGUAAAGAAAGAAAUCAUGACAUCAAAUCACUUUACCCUCCCUCCUUCACCUUCCAUUUCAUCAAAAUACCUUUAA